CUAUUAAAAUUGACAUGUAAACGAAUAAUAAACGUAAAUAAAACGCCUAAAAUCACGCCGCUUACAACUUGGGAGAUAACAUAGCUGACGCCUCCUAAGCUUCCAGUCGACACAUUCCACGAAAACGUAGGCAAUAUCCACAAUGGACAUCUCGAAGGCACCUAAUCCGCGCAAGCUGCAGCUUUGUCGCACCUACUUUCUGACUGGAUUCGCUUUCCUGCCUUUUGUUUGGGCCAUAAAUGUUUGUUGGUUCUUUGCGGAAGCUUUUCGCAAACCAGCUUAUCCCGAGCAGAGUCAAAUCAAACGCUAUGUCAUUUACUCAGCAAUAGGCACACUUCUUUGGACAAUUGCGCUGAUCACCUGGAUUGUAAUAUUCCAAACGAAUCGGGCUGCUUGGGGCGCAACUGCGGACUAUAUUAGCUUUAUAAUACCACUGGGCAGUGCAUAAUUGUAUAUAUUAUAUGUAUAUU